CAUUGAAUAUGACCUGGUGAAAUGGUUAAGGAUUAGGGUUAUGGUUAGGCUAAGGGUAGGGAUUAGGGUUAGGGUUUAGGAUCGGGAAGUCCCAAGGAUCCCAGAUAGACCUAACCGACUGUGAACGCGCGUAGUCGCGUGUCAUUGCGCGCUCUCGUCUGUCUUGAAAAAAGGGGACUGCUCCGUUGCUUAAAUCCAGAGGGAGGCACAGGCGGAGCAUCUCUGAGUAUCACUCGCUGAAUUGAACACAACACAUUUGGAAAUCUGUUUGUCAUUUAGUGGCACGCUCCAGGACGCACCUAUGCAGGUAAUGGCUGCAACACAGCAAGAGGGCUCGGACCAGAACUUUGAUUAUAUGUUCAAACUGCUUAUCAUCGGCAACAGCAGUGUAGGAAAAACUUCCUUUCUCUUCCGCUAUGCCGAUGAUUCCUUCACCUCUGCUUUCGUCAGCACUGUGGGCAUAGAUUUCAAAGUGAAAACAGUCUACAAGAACGACAAGCGGAUCAAACUACAGAUAUGGGACACAGCGGGUCAGGAGCGAUACCGGACCAUUACCACAGCAUACUACAGAGGAGCUAUGGGCUUCAUCCUGAUGUAUGACAUCACCAACGAGGAGUCCUUCGGUUGUGUGCAGGACUGGUCCACCCAGAUUAAGACGUACUCAUGGGACAACGCCCAGGUAAUCCUGGCGGGGAACAAGGCUGACAUGGAGGAGGAGAGAGUGGUGUCAGUGGAUAGUGGUCGGAUGCUGGCCGAACAGCUUGGGUUUGAGUUCUUCGAGACGAGUGCCAAGGACAAUGUCAACGUAAAACAAACAUUUGAGCGUCUCGUCGACCUCAUCUGUGACAAGAUGUCCGACAGUUUAGAAACUGACCCGGCUGUCACCACAGGAACGCCCAAUGCUAGGCUAACUGACAACCCUCCUCCCUUGCAGCAGCCCAACUGCGGUUGUUAACCAGGAAAAUGACAUCAAUCUAAGACGUAUGAGAUUGCCAAAAUAUUGUAUUAUCCCAUUAUCCCUUAAAUUGUAUUAUUCUUCAUAUCUGACUUCUGAUGUGCCUAGUACAUUUUUUCAGAUUUUUUUUAUGUUUCAAAUUGGCUGACACAUAUGUUGUAUGUUCACAAAACUGAAAAAUAGACAUGUACAGUAAUGCCAUGUCAGUAUGCGAUGACCAUGAAUCACUAAUGCCACGUCAGUCGGUACAUUUAUUUAUUUAUAUAAAAACAGAAAUACAGGAUCUUCUAUAUACUAUAUUAACCAGAGAAAAUAGUGUGUUGUUUAUGGAAUGCUCUGUCAAUGACAUGAUGAUCUGUGUAUGGUUAAGUUGCCAGUUCCCUCUUGCAUAUCCUGUAUUUCUUCCCUCCCACUAUUCCUACUGUGUGUGUGUGCGUGUGUGUACGUGUGUCACUUUUAAGCAUUGAACAUUACCGUAAAAAAGUAUUACCUACCUUACGAAAGUGAUACCUUUCAGUUAGUUGUUUGUAUAUUGUUUCAUAUUUUUCCCUCGCCACACUAGAUGUGAAACCCAUGUGAUUAUCUGUGGUUAGAAUGGACCAAUGUGAUUAUCUGUGGUUAGAACUCAUGUGAUUAUCUGUGGUUAGAAUGGACCAAUGUGAUUAUCUGAGGUUAGAAUGAACCAAUGUGAUUAUCUGAGGUUAGAAUGAACCAAUGUGAUUAUCUGAGGUUAGAAUGAACCAAUGUGAUUAUCUGAGGUUAGAAUGAACCAAUGUGAUUAUCUGGGGUUAGAACCAAUGUGAUUAUCUGUGGUUAGAACCAAUGUGAUUAUCUGUGGUUAGAACCAAUGUGAUUAUCUGGGGUUAGAACCAAUGUGAUUAUCUGGGGUUAGAACCAAUGUGAUUAUCUGGGGUUAGAACCAAUGUGAUUAUCUGGGGGUUAGAACCAAUGUGAUUAUCUGGGGUUAGAACCAAUAUGAUUAUCUGGGGUUAGACAGAUGCAUGGCUUUAUUCUCAGGAUAUUAAUAAGUAGUUUGUUCAGUGACUGUGGAUUAGCUGCCAUAGUAUAACAGUUGUCUAAUACUAACAUGUACAGUACUAUAUUGUAGGAUAGGUAGGUAGUCAUGAUAAUAAUGCCAGUGUGGUAUUUAACAGUUUACUUUAUUAAAUAAGUGGUACAUAUAAUGUGGCUGUAAAGUGGUAUGAUUACUAACCCGAUGACUGUUGUUUGAAAACAGUAUGCAUCUGUGAGUGCAGAGAACAGUUUCUGAUGUGUUUCUCAAUGUUAUAUCUAUGUACAAGCAAUGGUCUGUGCAAUACUGCCAACUGGUCAGUCAUCUGGAGUAACUAAGACCUAAUAAUUUCUCUAGUGCGGAAUCCAUUGUAGGUCAUCCUCAGUUGUCAGCCGUACGUUUCAGUCUGGAUUUACGGAUGUCCUCAAAUGGGUUCCGUACUGUAGUGCUAGGUCCAGUGCUGCGACUGUUAAUGAAAUGGUCCUAAAUUAACGGCAGAAAGCUCAUAAUAAUGCCAGUUCCUGGAACAAUAAAGAUUGAGAGACAUUGUGAGACAUAGAGAGAACCCAAGGAGAGGUCCCAGACAACUAUUUCAGGGAUGUGAGUCACGGCAUCAAUAUUUCAAAAGUCUGACCUGACUUGACUACAGGAUUAUGAAUAAGGAGCCACUUCCAUAAUUCAUACCAUCUCAUUCUCUGGACUUCACCUCACAUACUUUUUAUUAGAGACACUCCUUCUGACAUUAUUCACCAAUCAUUUACUGUACUUGCAGCAAUGUUUUACUUCUGUUCGACUCUCUGUUACUUUUCUAUUGUUAUGGAAAAGUUCCCUUGAAGAAACCAGAGACAGUUAUCCUAAAUGGACCCCUACGUGCCAAUAUGCUAGAAAACAAAUAGAAAGGAAGCUGUUUUUAGGUGUUGUGAGAUUAUUUUGUGAAAAAGGGUAUGUUACUAUUAGCUAGACCAAGUGUCAUGCCAAAUAUUGUCUUGUAGAAAAUGCUGCAAUCGAUUGUUGCACUUGUGAAAACGAACUGCCUCUGAAUUGUUGCAUUUUCAGGGGCAAAAAUUUUCAGCAGCACACUUGCAUGAAAUUGUGCCAGAUCUAUUUCUAUAUAUCUAUAUCGGUAUACUUAUUGUAUUGUAUUUGUGCACCUUCAGGUCUCGUCUUGAGGUGCAAUGGGCCAAUAAGUGCAAUAUUUUAAAAGCCUGUUUCUCUGUGAAUAGCCAUCAGUCUGUGCCAUGCAUAACUGUUAGGAUUGAAUUCCUUUUUACGAGUGGUGUGUGAGUAGGGGUUCAAUUGGCCAGGGGCAUAGUGGAAAGUCUCCUAACGAAAGUCUCCUAACUUAAGACGAGUUCUAAUAGUGGAACAAGAGAAAGUAAGCUCUGAUGUCUUCCCAACUGAACCCCAGUGGGCAUGAUUGUGAUGUGUGAUAGUGAGAAAAUGCAGCCUGUCAGAAAGCCAAGUCAUUUUCUCACAAUGUCAACACUGUUAUCUAAAGACGGGAAACCUCUCUAGAUGGUUCCGUUGCCAAGACAGUUGUCGACAAAGUGGUAGAGAGAAUGUGGUACGUGUGAAUGAGAGAGAAUUCUAUGUGUGAUUGGAUGCCUCCCCUUGUACAUUCAUCCACCUCCUUGAUGAAAUAUAUACUAUUUGUUGUUUUAUAGAUUUCAGCAUGUGUACAGCUUAUAUUGUGUUUUCUGGUGCAGUAACAACAGCCCUCUUAGUAUGCGGGUCCCAAGAUAUUGAAGUGUAGUCUGUUCAGCUUCUGUGAAACAUCGAGACAGAGAUUAAGCAUUACUACGGUAUAUACAUUAUGGACAGAAACGAGACAAACUGGUUAAUAACAGGUCACUUUAGCCUUUGUUAUUGAAUAAGUCAUAAACGGCAUUGUCAUUCCAUUCAUGAUAACACACACAAAAAGAGAAACAGCUUACUUAGCUGUACACCAGUGGCUCUAAUCACAACACACUAAUGAUCAAAUGUUGACCCCUUGACCCCUCUUAGGUUAAUUGGCACUCUACUAUGUACAGUACGGUGUCCUUGACAGCAGGUCACUUUCCCUUCACCCCUUUGAAACAAUUGUUUGUAGUGCGCUGCUCCUCGGUCUGGCAUUUUCUGCUUUGUGGACUUGGAGAAGCCAGUUUUGAGAUCCCAGCCUGCCCUAUUCUGCCGUCACAUCUGUUCAAGCGUAACGCCAGCUGCUCACCUGACCAAUAUUCUCUGGGACCUUUCCUCCAUGUAGCCUAACACAAUUCGAAUUCAAGCGGUGAACAAACCCUCAAAAGCCUCUCACAAAUUCACCAUACAACUGCUAAAUCUCGUUUUCUCCUGUUGUUCUUUCAUACGUUCUCAACAUGUCUGUACUGUAGUUCGGAGUGUUUGAAUCGAACCAUCUCUUCAGCUGUAGAGACACACUGAUAGUAAUAAAAUGUGUCAAUGGCGUGUCUGGUAAAAAAAAGAAGUCAAGUGGUUUCUUUGAAUUCUUGAUUUGUAUAAUAGCUAUCCUAUAACAGAAAAUGUUUGCUGUAUCUCUGAGUCUUCAGAUGGACCUAAACAGAUAAUACAUCAUUGUACUAUUAUAGUGACCUACAGUAUUCUAUUUUCCUUGUAUGAACUACUCAAUGAGCUGGAUAUUUACUUUUAUGUGUAUGUGACAUGAUGUAUUACACAGGUGUUUUCAAGAUGACAAUAAAAAUAUACCAAUUGUA